CGAAACACGUGUGAAAGCUACAGAGAUGGCUGACAAGUUGCAGUUCCAUGAAAUGGGUUUGGAUGAUCGCCUUUUAAAGGCGCUCGCAGACUUGGGCUGGGCUCAACCAACCUUGAUCCAGGAAAGAGCCAUCCCUCUGGCUUUAGAAGGAAAGGACCUUCUGGCUCGAGCCAGGACUGGGUCGGGUAAAACAGCUGCUUACGCCGUUCCUGUCAUACAGCGGAUCCUUGCCUCUAAAUUGAACGUCCGCGAGCAGGCAGUGAGGGCUCUAAUCCUGGUGCCAACGAAAGAGCUAGGCCAGCAGGUUCAGAUUAUGAUUCGUCAAUUGACGGCCUUUUGCGCCAGGGAUGUCCGAGUGGCUGACGUCUCCGGCAAGGCUGAUCUGUCAACCCAGAGGCCUGUCCUGAUGGAGAAACCUGACGUGGUUGUGGGGACACCGUCUCGUGUCCUGGCCCACCUGAAAGCCCAGAACCUGGUCCUGCACUCAUCCCUGGAGACCCUAGUCAUAGACGAGGCGGACCUGCUGUUCUCCUUUGGCUUCGAGGCCGACCUUAAGAGCCUGCUAUGUCACCUGCCUAAGAUCUACCAGUCCUUCCUGAUGUCUGCCACAUUCAGUGAGGACGUCGAGGCCUUGAAGGAGCUGGUGUUGCAUAACCCUGUGAUCCUCAAGCUCCAAGGCUCCCAGCUCCCAGACAGCAGCCAGCUGCAGCAGUACAGCGUGCAGUGUGAGGAGGAGGAGAAGUUCCUGUUGAUAUACACGCUGCUGAAGCUGCACCUGGUGCAGGGGAAGACCCUGGUGUUUGUGGGAGCGGUGGACAGGUGCUACAGACUCAAACUGUUCCUGGAACAGUUCAGCAUACCAGCCUGCGUGCUCAACUCUGAGCUGCCCGUCCAGUCCAGGUGUCACAUCAUCACUCAGUUCAACCAGGGCUUCUACGAUUACAUCAUCGCCACUGACGAGCAAGGUUUAGCUGAUCCCACCGCACCAGCACAGACCACCGACGGGAAAGGGAAGAAAAAGAAGAAGAAGAAGAACGCAGGGAAAGGAAGAGUCAAGGACAAGGAGUAUGGGGUCUCCAGAGGGGUCGACUUCCAAAACGUCGCUAACGUCAUCAACUUCGACUUCCCCGAUUCAGUAGAGUCCUACAUACAUCGAGUGGGACGAACGGCCCGAGCAGACAACCUGGGCUCAGCGCUCACCUUUGUCACUCACACACAGCUGGCGCUCCUGAAGGAGGUGGAGGACGCCCUCACUGGAGACAACGCUGAAUCCGCCGUGAAGCCUUUUGGAUUCAAGAUGGAGGAGAUCGAGGGCUUCAGGUACAGGUGUCGGGACGCUAUGCGGUCGGUAACCAAGCAGGCAGUGAGAGAGGCCAGACUGAAGGAGAUCAAACAAGAACUGCUCAACUCAGAGAAACUAAAGACGUACUUUAAUGACAAUCCUCGAGAUCUACAGUUACUGAGACAUGACAAAGAUCUGCACCCUGCCAUCAUAAAGCCCCACCUAAAGAAUGUCCCAGAUUACCUCAUUCCACCGAUGCUGAGGGGUGUGGCCAACUCUUUCUCGGGAAAGAGGAAGAGGAGGAGAAACGACAAACCAAAACCAGCAGGUGUCAUAAAGACUCCCUUUAAAAAGAACCUCAGAGGCAAGAAUCCCCUUAAGACCUUCCGCUUCACUGGAGGGGCCAGUAAAGGGGUUGGUCGAGGGGCCAGUAAAGGGGUUGGUCGAGGGGCAAGUAAAGGAGCUGGUCGAGGGGCCAAGGCCGGUAAACACUAGGCUUCAGUGUACACCAAUAACUGACUUUUCAAUAUAAACUCAACAAUGACAUUAACCGAGGAGGCAACGGCUUCCAGUCCAACAGAAGCUGAAGGUACACCAGGAAGCUGUCACGCGUCGGAUAGGUCGCCUGGUGUUGAGUUGGAAAUGUUUUGUUUGGAAGUGCCUUUCUCUGUGAACGCAGCAUGUUUGAGUAACUGAGGAGUCAGUGUGAUGCCUGGUAGUCGGUUCCGUCUCAGCCUCAGAUUCUCUCUGCUUCAGUCCUGAUGGAGUUUUCUCUCUGCUUCAGUUCUGAUGGAGUUUUCUCUGCUUCAGUUCUGAUGGAGUUCUCUCUGCUUCAGUCCUGAUGGAGUUUUCUCUCUGCUUCAGUCCUGAUGGAGUUUCCGAUGCUGUUUUCAGAGUUGUGCUCUGGUUGAGAGUGAGCCUGCUAUUACAGAUGUUGUAAUUAAUACUAAAUGGAUCACAUUUGUAUAAAGUAAUACACGCUCUUAAGUGUAUUAGCUAUUUGUCGAUGUAUCUCGCCUCAAUUCUUUGAGAAUCGCAUUGGAUUUUUGAAUAAAACAAAAGUAUGAAAUCGUUUGAAUAAUUUAUUUAAUCGUAAUGACAAUUUCAAAUAGUUUCACGCGUAAUACAAUGUAUGGGUAAUAGGACUGAGAACGUUUUAAAUGAAGUAGAAGAUAAAGCAAACAUUUCUCCAUGUAUGGUUUGUAUACUGGUGAAUACACCGUUAUUUAUGGCUAUAUCAAGUAGAUGUAGAAAAUGUGGCACGUUAAACAAAGAAGGCACAAAGAUAGGUAGAUAGGCCUGCCAGAACAAUUAGAGUUUAACAAGGUAACCCCUCAUUUAUA